GCCACUGGGCGCACAACGCAGAAAAAUUCUGAUGCCGAUGGUGGAAUUGAUACUGAAACUGAAAGUGCUGCUCCUGGUGCUCCCCUGGCUGCUGAUAUGCAAGUUCCUGUACAAGCCCGAGGACUUUACGGAGCCGUCGGUGUUCUACAACAGCCUGGACUAUCAUCCGGAGGACUACAUAGACACGUUCACAACGCUGCAGCAGGAAGACUACUUUCAGUGA